GGGAACGGAGGAAAUUUCCUGCUUGGUGGCAAGCGAGGUUCCUGCAACCGCGGCGGGCAGGGUGAAUGCCAGGGCGUCCCCUGCUUGCUGCCGCCGCCUCAGUUCGCAACCGGCGGGGUGAGAAGGGUAUGAGGAGCCGGCGUGUCUCGAGGAGCCGAGCUGGGCGAGUCCCUGGAAGCCUAUAGCAUUGUCUUCCCCUAGGUGAAUGUAGAUCCAUGAUGGAAUAUUUUUGUUCAAUAUUGCUAAUUUCCAUUAGUUUUCUACAUUCUGAAGCAUUAUAUGACAACGGAACUACAUCACAUAAUGACACAACAACAGGUCCUCCAAGAGAAAAUGGUCAGCCACCACAUUUGCUGACUUCAGUGCUGAUCCUGAUUUUAGUGUUCAUAAUUUUAAUUAUUUUAGCUGGCUAUUUCUUCAGGUUCCGAAGACACAGAAAAGCUGUUGUAAGUUCCACUGAUAAAAAAAUGCCGAAUGGAAUCUUAGAAGAGCAAGAACAGCAAAGGGUGAUGCUUCUCAGACAGUCUCCCUCUGGCCCAAAGAAGUAUUUUCCUAUUCCGGUAGAACUUUUGGAAGAGGAAAUCCGGAUAAGAGCAGCUGAUGAUGGGAAGUUAUUCCGGGAAGAGUUUAAUUCAUUACCACCGGGAUAUAUGCAAGGAACACUUGAGAUGGCAAAUAAAGAGGAAAACAGAGAAAAAAACAGAUACCCCAACAUACUACCUUAUGAUCAUUCCAGAGUAAUUUUAAUGCAGAUAGAUGGAAUUCAGUGUUCAGACUAUAUUAAUGCUUCGUAUAUAGAUGGCUACAAGGAAAAGAAUAAAUUUCUAGCUGCUCAAGGUCCUAAGCAAGAUACAAUAAAUGAUUUUUGGAGGAUGAUAUGGGAACAGAAGUCUGCAACUAUUGUCAUGUUAACAAAUGUGAAAGAGAGAAAAGAGGACAAAUGUUUCCAGUAUUGGCCUGAUCAAGGAUGUUGGACUUAUGGAAACAUCCGGGUUUCUGUGGAAGACUGUAUAGUUCUUGUAGAUUACACCAUUCGAAAGUUUUGCAUUCAGCCGCAGGUUGCUGAUGGCUGCAAAGCUCCGAGACUUGUCACUCAGCUUCAUUUCACCAGCUGGCCUGAUUUUGGAGUGCCUUUUACACCUAUUGGAAUGCUUAAAUUCCUAAAGAAAGUCAAGUCAUUGAAUCCUGCACUUGCUGGACCAAUAGUGGUUCACUGUAGUGCUGGUGUGGGUCGUACAGGCACGUUCAUAGUAAUAGAUGCCAUGAUUGACAUGAUGCAUGCUGAACAAAAAGUUGAUGUGUUCGAGUUUGUGGCAAGAAUUCGCAGUCAGCGUCCACAGAUGGUUCAGACAGAUAUGCAGUAUUCUUUCAUAUAUCAGGCCUUACUUGAGUACUACCUCUAUGGUGACACAGAACUAGAUGUGUCCUCCUUAGAAAAACACCUGCAGCCAUCAAAUAGUACCACUCCAAAUCUUAUUAAAAUAGGACUGGAAGAAGAGUUUAAAAAAUUAACAAAUGUUCGAAUAAUGAAAGAAAACAUGAGAACUGGUAAUCUGCCAGCAAAUAUGAAGAAAGCCAGAGUUAUCCAAAUCAUCCCUUAUGACUUCAACAGAGUGAUUCUUUCAAUGAAAAGAGGUCAGGAGUACACAGAUUAUAUCAAUGCUUCCUUCAUAGAUGGCUAUCGCCAAAAGGACUACUUCAUUGCAACUCAAGGACCUCUUCCUCACACUGUGGAAGACUUCUGGCGAAUGGUGUGGGAGUGGAAAUGCCACACCAUUGUUAUGCUUACAGAAGUUCUGGAAAGGGAGCAAGAAAAAUGUUUUCAGUAUUGGCCAUCAGAAGGUUCUGUUUCUUAUGGCGAGAUUACCAUUGAUAUUAAGAAUGACUUGCUUGUUGAUGCUAUAAGCAUAAGAGACUUUUUAAUUACACAUAACCAGGAGAAGCAAGGCAGAUUUAUUCGACAGUUUCAUUUUCAUGGAUGGCCUGAGAUUGGCAUUCCUACUGAAGGGAAAGGUAUGAUUGACCUCAUUGCAGCUGUUCAAAAACAGCAGCAGCAGACAGGAAACCAUCCCAUUACAGUACACUGCAGCGCUGGAGCUGGAAGAACAGGUACAUUCAUAGCACUCAGCAAUAUUUUGGAGCGAGUCAAAGCUGAGGGGCUCUUAGAUGUAUUUCAAGCUGUGAAGAGUUUACGGCUGCAAAGACCUCAUAUGGUGCAAACACUGGAACAGUAUGAAUUCUGCUACAGAGUGGUACAAGAUUUCAUUGAUAUAUUUUCUGAUUAUGCUAAUUUCAAAUGAAAAUGCCUGCCAUAUUUUUAUUUAAUCAUCUGUACAGAUAUUUGUAAAUCAUGUUAAUUUAUUUCCAUUUUUUAAAAUUCUAAAUGUACAUAUGAUCAUAUAUGUUUUGCUUUGAAAGUCUCUUCAGGUGUAUACAUGACUCAAAUAAGCUUCCACCCUGAUCCAAAGGAGUAUGCACAGACCCUUUUCAUACAAUAAAAUAAACUUCUAGUCAGCUGUUUGGUGGUAAAAGGAAAGAGCUGAGCUACGGGAGUUCCUAGUUUUGAAAGAACUUAAUAUGUACACUCCAGCUGGUUGAUAAAGGAGGAAAGCUGUAUAAGCAGAAUAUAGGUGCAUGUUGGACUACCCAUUCAGCUGAAGAAAUAUGUGCAAAACCUGUGUCUGCAUGUGUAGUAACCCUAACUAGGUCAAGGUUUUGUGUUUUUGUUGUUUUUAGUUUUAAACAACUGAUGCCCAUGUACAAUAUAUUGCAGUGUAUACUGUUAUGAAUACAGGCACAAUCCAGCCUAUGUUAGGCAUAUUUAAGGCCCACUGAUUUCAGUGGGUUUAGUAAGCAUAUGCUUAAAUAUUUCCCAUUGAAAUUAAUGGGACUUUGGAUCCAGCUAAAAGUCUGAAAGCACUGAUGCUGAAAUUAAACCGAUGUAGAUCUGAUCGGUGGCUUGGAUGACAGCCCACUGAUCACUGGGAGCCCAUAUAAGAGCAAAACAUAUUAACAGAACUUUAAAUCUCCUUGAUUUUGGCUGAAUCUUUCCCAUAUUUUGUCUAAAUGCAUGUGAAAUUGUGACCUAUUAUCUCUAAUCUUAAGUUUGAAAUUACAUUAAUUUUUUAAAAAAUUAUUUUAUAUAGCCCCUAAUAUCUAUAUAAAAAAGGAAAAAGAGUAAAUUUAUUAGAGCUAAAAAAUCAUCCUGCUGUCAUGGAAAAAUAUUUUAUUUAAAGCAAAUUCCAUUUAAUGAUGACUCUGUGGAGUCCUUGGUGCUCUCUGAGCUUGGUUGUUAGCACCAAGGACACCACAGUUCAACCCUGAGCUACAGAUAUUCUCUUCUAUUGGUAAUGAUUACCCUACAAAGAUGUUGUACAACUGGAUUGAAAUGAAGAUGGGCUACCCAAGAUAGACAGACAAAAAUUCUUGAGUCUUCAUUUCAAUAAGAUUUACAUCUGUCUCUUGUUUUUGUUAUGUUGAUGCUAUUGUGGUCAUUAAUAUAUUUGAUCCUCAUAUAACAUCAUUAAUAUUAAUCUGGACAGUUCACUGAGGUAGACACUGUACAAAGUGCUAGAGUGUGAGAAUAUUCUAAAUAUUUAUCUUAAUUUUGUCAAUACCAAUUAGAUCCAUUUGCCUCUUUGGUACUGUUUUGAUCUUUACAAUUAAGCACAACUAGAAUAGAGAGGAACAUAAAUCUUCCAUAAGCAACAUUUCAUUUUAACUUUUUUAAAAAAUGUAUAUUUUUAAAAACAGGAUUCUAGGAAAUUCUGUUUUAAUGCAAGUUCUCAAUUAAUACAACAGUGUAAAUAUGGAGUUUCUUAAAUUUAGUUAAGCAGUCUUAAAAUAUAAUUUUAAGUUAUUUUAUUUUAUUGAAUUAACAGAAUAUAUAUUUAACUUAAAACCAGCUGAUCAAUAUUUGAAACUAUUUUGUAUCAAGAAAUUUUGUUCUGUUGUCAUAAAUAGCUAUAAAGCCAGAUAUUACAUUUAUAUAAAGAAAAAUGUGUAUCUUCGGUAUAAAGCAAUCUAACUUAAUUUAUCAGUUACUAAGUGCUACUGAAGGUAAUAAAACUUAAUGAAUGGCUUUGUCAUUAUUAAGCCUAGUUGAAUAUCAAUUUUUCAAUAUUCAAUUCACAGUAAUGCCCUUAAUUACUUGAGUUCCUUUAGUAUCCAUGGCACUUGAGUAAAAUAAUGAUCCCCUGUACUAUGUCCCCAUAAAUCUUGUUUCUCCUCAUCUCCAGAGUGCAUACAUGUAGUCCUCACUUAACCAUUCGUUUAGUGAUGGUUCGGACUUAUGACAGUGCUGAAAAACUGAUGACCGGUUCUCACACUUACAACUGUCACAGAAUCCCUGCAGUCAUGUGAUCACAAUUUGUGUAGUUGGCAUCCACUUCACAUUUAUGACCAUCGCAGCAUCCUGUGGUCACAUGAUCAUCAUUUUCAACCUUCCCAGCCAGCUUCUGGCAAGCAAAAUCAAUGGGGAACCACAUGAUUCACUGAACAAUCACAUGGUUCGCUUAACUCCCCCAGUGAUUCACUUAACAUCCACCAUAAAAAAAGAUCAUAAAAUUGGGUUGGAGUCACUUAAUAGCUGCUUUGCUUAGCAACCAAAAUUCUGGUCCCAAUUGUGGUCAUUAAGUGAGGACUACCUCUAUAUAUUUCCAAAAUGAGCAAAGAUAUUCUUAUUUCUAAUGUGGCCUACAUGAGUCCAGAACUUAGAAGCACCAUGUAGAUGUCAGAAUACCUAUCGGUCUUCAGGUUGAGCUAUUCAUGUGCAAACCAUCAUGUACUAAAAAGCACAAAACCCAAUCAUCUUGAUAGGACUUGUAUAGCAGUUGCACUCUAUAGUUUCAUUUUAAUGGCUGUUGCAACAUUUCAAAGUUCUUAGAACAGAAGAAACAUUUUCUUGAUGCCAACAAAGGGAAAUAGUGAUUUCCUUAUGUUUUCAGAAGCUGUUGCCAAAGGAAGAGGGUAAAUUAUUUUUAUACUCUCUACCUCUCAUAAUUCCCCACCCCCUCAAUUCCCCAUGGAAUUUUCUUUUUUAAAAAAAGUUGUUCUGGAACAACAUAGUGUAAGAACAGUGAUGGAGAUAUUCUUAGAAAUGUCCACCCAUCCUUUCCCUGGUGGAGCUACUGAUGAGCAGAACUGCUCUUCAGAAGUCUGCAUCAUACAUAUAGUCUGAACAAACUAGAUGACAGUGAAUUAACAAAAUAGAAAAUACAUUUUAUUUCCCCAUAUUUUAGAAGGUAUAUAUGUAAAAGCACAAGCAUAAUUUAUAUAAAUUUAUACAAAUGUCAAUAUAAUAUGCAAUAUAUCUGGCUUGUCUGGUUGUUUUAUGAAUUAUAAAUGCCUUAUUAAAAAUUAUGUAGACUGCAAGAUGGUCAUUCUACUUUAGCUCCUGUUCUUUUUAAUUCUACAUACAUUUAAAUUGUUUCUGGAAGAAAAAGAAAAUGGAAUACUUUUAAUAACCUAGAAGACAACAAAAUUUCCACAUUUGGCCUUACUUAAUUACUUCUAAUUGUUAAACAAUUCAGGUUAGCAGCCUAACACUGUUUUUAAGCACAGUUGCUUACAUCUUCUUUUAAAAAAUCUAUAUGCAUACAUACAGUUAUAUGCACCUAAAGAAUCACAUUUAUUGUAUGAAGUGACUGAUAUUAAGGAUUCUAACCUCAAAAAAAAAAUGUUAUGUGGUUAAGAAAUACUAAGUAAGCUUUCUAUACUGGAAUCUGAUAGAAUUUUAAAACACCUUAGAAGAAUAAACUUUCCAAUUUACUGUGGUAUAGACCAAAAUCCAUUGAGAAAAUAAACAGUUUCCACACACUGCUUUGGAAACUGCUCCUGGCAAACUUGGGAAUAUCAAACACUUCUAAAUGAGUUAUGUGGAAAGUGCUGUUUUGUUUUUUGUUUUGAAAAUUUAAAAAUAAUCCUCUGGGUUUUUUUUCCAAAUUGAUCUUCUGUAAAAGGGUCAUCUUGUGUAGAUUUGGGGGUGGAGGAUAAAAUAAGGAAUUACUUUAAGCAUCUUGAAGCCUUGAAUGAAAUACAUGUCCUUCAGGCAUCUUGAUUCCUGAGUCCCUUCUCAUGUAUCUAUCCAAAUAAGCACCUUUGCACUUGACAUAAAACAGUCACCAAUUUAAUUUACUUCAUACCUCUUGGUAAAUCCAGCCUACUACAACUGGCUGGUGUUUAUUUAUUGAUCCAUGCCCAUAACACUGAGUUCUUGGCUGCUUCCUAUAUAGUCUUCAUUAAGCCAACUUUCCCUAAACAGGCACCACCCAGAUGUGUUGUACUUUAUCCUUACUCAAACAUCAAUGGCUGUAUUGUUGAUUGAAGGAUUAUGAGAGUCUAACGCAUUUGGAGGGAACCAGAUUUGGAAAGUUCUGUAACACAUAACUGUAUCUGGGUGAAUCAUUUAAGGGAUAGCAUUGUGUUUAAAUUACCCAUCAAAAGCAGAGAAAAGUUCUGCAUGUUUGCAGAAAUAUGUAUCAUUGUUAAAAACCAGAACUAUGUUAUUCAAUAAAGUAAUAUAGAAAUAAAAUCUCUGUCAAAAAUACACAUAAGAUCCAUAAAUGAAAAGGACUGAUUUCCUUAGAUUCAUACUUGUUGAUAAAUUACAGAAAACAGAUUAUUUGGAGUGGUGCAGUAUGAACAAAUCACUCUAAACAUAAAUCCAACUAGUCUCCUCCCAAUAUAUUUUGCAGUAACUGACUUUAAAUAAUUCUGUAGGAUUCUGUGAGAAGAAAGCCAGAAUACCCAACAUAAUCUGUUUCUUAGAUAUUCUUCAGGGUAUUUGGUUCUGUGUAAUCCCAUAUGAUGACAAGAUUUGUCCCAUGUGUAAAAAAAUUCUGAAUCUAACCAAUAAUGGAAAUGUUACAAGAUUCAAGGAUUGUAACAUUAGAAAGCUUCUUUUUAAGCUCAGAGAUGUUCAGUCAGAUUAGGCUGCUAUACUUCAUAUAAGGAUAUAGCAAAUAUAUUAAAUAUUUUUCACACUUUUUUUAACAUUGAAUGAAACAUCAUUAAUAAAUGCCAAAUAAUGAUUAGAAAUUAUAUAUUCUGAUCUGUAUAACAGUCACUAUGUGAUUCAGUUUGUCUUGUGCAGUAAUGGACACUGAUUACCAAAGCGUUAAGUUCCGGUUUAACUUGGAACAUGUGAACAACUAGAAACAUUAAAGCCAUUUAUUUCAAACUAUGUUUCUAGAAAAAUCCUACAUCCAUCAACAAUAUAUUAGAAGCUCGACAAGGAGAAGGUUGUUAACUAUGGAUUAGCUAACCAAAAAGAAACAUUAUAGAUUGCUUUUUAUAUUCUCUUGCAAUGCAAAACACAAGAGUUGAACAUGUUCUAUAUAUGCCUGGAAUAAGGGAUGGGCAAUCUCUGACCAACAGCUACAAUUUAGAAAACUGCUGUAUAGCCCUCAUUACAUACACAUCUGUUUGCAAACAUGUUGGAGUGGUGCUGAAGGGGCCCUGUUUUGAGCUAACAGCAUGUGCUUCAGAUAUAAACAUUGCCACAGGAUUUGUACCAGUCAGCCAUAACAUUCUAGAUUAAUUUAGUCUGGGUAAUGUUGUGGAAAUUGGGUAGCCUAAAUCUGGAUCUGCCCUGCCUGUCUCCUUCCAUUUUCCUAUAUAAAGCGGAUAAAAAGGGCCUGGCAGCUAUGAGCUCACUAGACUUUUAGAGUCAGCCCACCUCGGAGUCCACUUUAGCUAGCCAGUUAAUCUUUGAUGAAGAAAAAGCAAACAAGCACACAUUUUCUCUUUGAAGAAAUAAACCCUAUUCAGGUAUUAUUCCAAACCACAUUAGAAAGGAUAUACAAAGAGGAAAGAGAGCCAGUUUGGUGUAGUGGUUAAGGCACCGGGCUAGAAACCGGGAGACUGUGAGUUCUAGUCCUGCCUUAGGCAUGAAGCUAGCUGGAUGAACCUGGGCCAGUCACUUUCAGCCCUAGGAAACCACUUCCAAAAGAUGUUGCCAAGAAAACUGCAGGGAGUCAAGACUGAAUGGAACGCACUAUCCCACCCCCCCACCCCCAAAAAGAGGAAAAAGGUUCCAUGGACAUACUCUGCCUUAAGUAUACCUUUGGCCUCUAUCCCUAGCAGUCUAAAGAGAGAUUUUAAGUUCUUGUACUGAUGGACACACCACUCUUCCUAACUUUAUCCUGAACUUGCAAAGGUUGGGGAUUGACUUUUGCCUCUCCUCAUUAUGCACUAGGUCUAUACUAUAUGGAGUAAUGCCUGAAUAGAAAUAGUAUAGCUAUAUGCAGAUAUUUUUUCUAAAUAUACGUAAAGUUAAAAUUUGGUAAGGGCCUGGAAGUAUAAGCAAGUGCUAUGCCUGCUUGUGGUAAUAUCUGUAAGUGUAUUUAUCACCCUAUCCAAAACUACAUCUAGAGCUUGUGGGUUGGGGUAUGGCAAUUGCAGAACGUGCUACAAGUUUAUAAAACUGGCUUGCUUAGAGCAGCACUUCGAAUUACUGCACUAAACACAAAUAUAUUUGGAAGCAGCCAUGUGCUUGAAGAUGUUGAGAAUCAUGCAUGCAUUUCAGUUAUACUGUACCACCAUAGCUCUACUGAAAUGCAGGAAAAUGCCUAGAUGGGCCUUUUCUAUUUCUUGUGCUUGCUGAGGAAGUUUCACAAUAAUUACGUGUAUCUAUAGUUUUUAUGUACAAGCCUAUUUAUUGCCAUCCAUUGCAAACAGCCCAGAAAAUUCAGAGAAUAACUUUGGUUCAGUGGUAUACAUGCUUUAUAUAGGCUCAUAUUUAAUGUAGACAACUAAUGUGGAAAAGAUUCUUGAUAAUGAGUUUCAAAUACAUUUAAUGACUUGGAUUAAAGAGGCCCUAAAGAAGAAUGCCUACUGUAUUGAUCAUUUUGAAAAGGACAUUUAUGAAUCUGUUUUAAAAAGAGUUUGAACCUUUUUGUUCCAGUAGUUUGAAAUGUUUUCUUUAGGCAUUAUAAUUUUAAUGUAUUGCUACUGAAACUUUUUAUGUACAUGCUAAAGCCUAUUUAAUUUAUGUCAAAUACUUAUAUGUAUGUAUUAUAGUGAUAUUUUCUUUUAUUACAUUUAUAAUUUGAUCUUGCUGUAUUUAUAAUUCCAGUGAACGUUGCUGAAUUAUUUGUAUAUGCAGAAUGCAAGAUCUAAUAAUUCCGAUGCAAGAACAAGGCUUCAUUUUAUUUUCAGGCUGUAUUUCUUUCCUUAAAUCUCUUAAUUUAA